UCUCAGUCUCCUUCGAUCUCUUGUCUUUGCUCUCACUUCUCUCUAAGCCAUCAUGAGCUUACAGUGUAGCUCCAGGUCCCUGUGCCGCAGUGGUGGUGGAGGUGGCGGCAGGAACUUCAGUUCAGGUUCUGCUGGCCUAGUCAGCUUCCAGCGCAGAUCCACCAGCUGCUCUAUGCGCCGCAGCGGUGGAGGAGGAGGUGGUGGUGGUGGUGGUAGAUUUUCAGGAGGAGGCUUCUGUGGGAGUUCUGGUGGUGGCAACUUUGGAAGUAGAAGUCUUGUUAACCUUGGAGGUGGCAGAAGCAUCUCCAUAAGUGUGGCUAGAGGUGGUGGCAGCUUUGGUGGUGGCUAUGGGGGUGGCAGCUUUGGUGGUGGCUAUGGGGGUUUUGGCGGAGGUCUUGGUGGAGGUCUUGGCGGAGGUAUUGGUGGUGGUUUUGGUGGUGGUAGCUUUGGUAGCGGAGGUGGUUUUGGUGGUGGAGGAUAUGGGGGUGGUAGAUUUGGGAGUAGUUUUGGGCCUGUCUGUCCCCCUGGUGGCAUCCAGGAAGUGACCAUCAACCAGAGCCUUCUGCAACCCCUCAAUGUCGAGGUUGACCCUCAGAUUCAAAAAGUGAAGUCUCAGGAGAGAGAGCAGAUCAAGUCUCUCAAUGACAAAUUUGCCUCCUUCAUCGACAAGGUGCGCUUCCUAGAACAACAAAACCAGGUGCUACAAACCAAAUGGGAUCUGCUACAGCAGGUAGACGUCUCAACCCGGACCCAAAACUUAGAGCCUUACUUUGAGAACUAUAUCAGUGUCCUCAAAGGGCGUGUGGAUUCGCUGAAGAAUGACCAAUCACGGAUGGAUUCUGAACUGAAGAACAUGCAAGACCUGGUGGAAGAGUACAGGACCAAGUACGAGGAUGAGAUCAACAAGAGGACUAACGCAGAGAAUGAAUUCGUGACCAUCAAGAAGGAUGUGGACUCGGCUUAUAUGAACAAAGUCGAACUUCAGGCCAGGGCGGACGCCCUCCAGCAAGACAUUGACUUCUACUCCACAAUCUACCAACUGGAAGUGUCUCAGAUGCAAACUCAGAUCAGUGAAACCAAUGUGGUGCUGUCCAUGGACAACAACCGCACACUGGACCUGGACGGCAUCAUCUCAGACGUCAGGGCCCAGUAUGAGGACAUUACCCAGAGGAGCAAGGCUGAAGCUGAGACCUUUUACCGGAGCAAGUAUGAAGAACUGCAGGUCACUGCUGGCAAACACGGAGACAGUGUGAAAAGUACCAAGAUGGAGAUUUCUGAGCUGAACCGAGUGAUCCAGAGACUUCAAUCUGAAAUCGAUGCUGUCAAGAAGCAGAUCGCCCACGCACAGCAGAACAUCAGUGACGCUGAGCAGCGUGGUGAGAAAGCACUCAAAGAUGCCCAGAACAAGCUGAAUGAGAUAGAGGAUGCUUUGACACAAAGCAAGGAGGAGCUCGCCAGGCUGUUGCGUGACUACCAGGAUCUGAUGAACACCAAGCUGGCCCUGGACAUGGAGAUUGCCACCUACAGGAAACUUCUGGAAGGAGAGGAGAUCAGGAUGUCUGGAGAGUGCACCCCCAACGUAAGCGUGUCGGUGAGCACCAGCCACACCAGCAUGAGUGGAAGCAGUAGUCGAGGUGGCGGCAGAUAUGGCUCCGGAGGCGGCUCUGGAGGCAGCAGCUACGGGGGCAGCUCCAGAGGUGGCAGCUACGGAGGUGGCAGUUCCGGCGGCGGCGGCUACGGAGGUGGCAGCUACGGCGGCGGCAGCAGUGGAAGCCACAGAGGUGGCUCUGGAGGGGCCGGUGGCAGCUCUGGAGGCAGCUAUGGUGGUUCCUCUGGGGGAGGCCGGGGAUCCAGCUCCGGUGGUGUUAAGUCCUCUGGCAGUUCUAGCGUGAAGUUUGUUUCCUCCACUUACACCCGAGGGAUCAACUAAAGAGGUGUCCACACCCCAUUAGCUCUCCUUUUCCAUCAUGGCCAAAUAUUGCACCAGCCUCAACAGAGGCUCAAUUGCACCAGCCUCAACAGAGAGAAGAGCUAUGGUUAAUUGCACAGAUUAUUAGGCUUAUCUUCUCUGCGCUUUCUUUUCUGCUCCCCUUGCAAAGAAGUUUUCAUCUUAGUAGCAGUCUGAGUCCCCUGGUAACAAUCUCACUUUAUGUUUUGCUGAGAAACAGUUCAGAACUGUCAUCACCAACGUGACAUUUCAGAGGACUUCAGAUCCAGGGCGUCUUUGCCUGGCACGCCCAGAGCAUUGGAUUGCCCUUAGCAUCCCGAAUCCUGCAGCCCUGCUGAGCUGCUUUGUUUUUGUACAUAAGGUGUUUGCAAAUUUGUCUUUUAUGGAAGCGCUGAACGCCCCUCCCCCAUCCCAACCCCGUUCCUUUGUUUUGCUGCAAUAAACUGCAUUUGAAACUCUCAA